AUGGAACAGCAACAACAACAACAACAACAACAACAGCGGAAACAGCAAUUACAACAACUACAGCAUCUGCAGCAGCGGUGGUUGCUGCGACGCGACGACAGCGACCGUGGCCUCGGAGGAGGAGGAGGAGGUGGCGGCGGUGGCGAUGAAUCGGUAUCUUACGUGGGUUACCAGAGACUACCAUGGAAAGGCGAGAGCUUCAGCCUGAGUAACUGGCCGGUGAGUCACAACUCUAGCCACAACUCGCAUUCGCAACCCAACAGCCAGUCCAGCAGCCCGGUGGUGAGAAACGGCCGUUCCGAUGGCAACUCCAACAGCGGCGGCGGUGGCGGCCGCGGUGGAGGUGGCGGUGGUGGUGGAGGCGGCGGAGGCGGCGGCGGCGGCGGAAGUGACAAUGGAGGUGGCGGCGGGAGCGGUGGCGGUGGAAGCGGCGGUGGCAGCAAUAGCAUCGUCAGCGUCAAGCCGAAAACGGCGACCAUCACGCCGGAGAUGGUGAUGAAGCUUUACAUGAACAAGCUAACGCCGUACGAGCAUCACGAGAUCUUCAACUACCAGCAGAUCUACUUCAUCGGCGCGAACGCGAAGAAACGGCCGGGUAUCAUCGGCCGGCCGAACAACAACGAGUACGACAACGAACAGGGCUCGUAUAUCCACGUGCCGCACGACCACGUGGCGUAUCGGUACGAGGUGCUGCGCGUCAUCGGCAAGGGCUCGUUCGGCCAGGUGGUCAAGGCCUACGAUCACAAGACGCACGAGCACGUGGCGUUGAAGAUGGUGCGGAACGAGAAGCGCUUCCACCGUCAGGCGCACGAGGAGAUACGUAUACUGCGCAAGCUACGCGAGCAAGAUAAAGACAACACCAUGAACAUCAUCCAUAUGUUCGACUCGUUCACCUUCCGCUGCCACAUGUGCAUCACCUUCGAGUUGCUCAGCAUCAAUUUAUACGAGCUCAUCAAGAAGAACAACUUCAAGGGCUUUAGUCUGCAGCUCGUGCGCAAGUUCUCGCACUCGCUGCUGCUUUGUUUGGAGGCGCUCUACAAGAAUAAGAUCAUACACUGCGACAUGAAGCCGGAGAAUGUGUUGCUCAAGCAACAAGGUCGCAGCGGCAUCAAGGUGAUAGAUUUCGGUUCCAGCUGCUACGAGAAUCAACGGGUAUACACUUACAUCCAGAGUCGCUUUUAUCGCGCGCCGGAGGUGAUAUUGGGCGCGAGGUACGGGAUGCCGAUCGACAUGUGGAGUCUCGGUUGCAUCCUGGCGGAAUUGUUCACCGGUUUCCCACUGCUGCCGGGCGAGGACGAGGCGGACCAGCUGGCAUGCAUUAUCGAGAUGCUGGGCAUGCCGCCGCAGCGGUUGCUACAGAACUCGAAAAGAUCGCGCCAGUUCAUCAGCUCGAAGGGCUACCCGAAGUACUGCACCGCGACGGCGAUGCCGGACGGCACGACAGUGCUAAGCGGGGGUCUGUCGAGACGAGGGAAGCUGCGCGGUCCGCCGGGCUCGCACGAUCUCGAGCGCGCCCUCAAGGGCUGCGACGACGUUCUCUUCCUGGACUUUCUCAGACGUUGUCUCGUGUGGGAGCCGGAGUGCCGGAUGACGCCGAACAAGGCGCUGAGGCAUCCCUGGCUGCGCCGUCGGUUACCGAGGCCACCGGGCGACAAGAACGAUACGCUACCGGCGGUAACGUCGGCGCAGCCCGUGACCGGCGGUUCCACCCUGAGGACGUCCGCGUCCGGCAGCAGGAGUUCCAGCAAGACUAACAGUCUACAGAGUAGCAAUAACACCAACGACGACAUCGCGACGAGCAAGACGACCGGCCAGCAGAGCAGAGGAAAUCGUUUAGUGGAGGACAUGGUAUCGACUUAUGCGGGUUACUCGUACAACACGUCCCAACUGCAUGGCGGCACUUGGGGCACAACGGGGGGACUGAGCAGCGGCCAUCAGUCGCUGAACUCGAUCAGCGGAGCCGGCGGCGGCGGUGGCGGUAGAAGUUCCUCCAGCAAGACUAACAGUCUUCAAGGCGGCAACAACACCAGCGACGAUAUCUCCGCGAGCAAGACGACGGGUCAGCAAAGAGGGAACCGUUUGGUCGAGGACGUGGUGUCCACUUAUGCGACUUAUUCAUCGGCGUACGGCGGCGCUUCCCAGCUGCACGGCAGCACGUGGGGCACGACGGGGGGAUUGAGUAGUGGCCAUCAGUCGCUCAAUUCCGUCAGUAGUAGGAGCUCCAGUAAGACGAACAAUCAGUUGCAGAGCGGUAACAAUGCGACGAGCGGUGACGUUCCCGCGAGCAAGGCCGAACGUCAGCAACAAAGGGAGCGCGCGAGCGAGUUGCCGGUGACUAUCUUCGAUCCCUAUCCCCUCGGAUCUUACGGUUGUCUGUCCGAGUCCCAGUUGCACGGUAGUCAUCGGUCGAAUCAGAGUAGUAGUCAUCAGUCGCUCAAUUCCGUCGAUGGCGCGACCACCGGCAAGUCGCAGCGCGCUCGUCAGACGCACCAGACGCAACAGCAACAGCACAAUAACAACGGCGCGUCGCACGACAAUUACGGUUCUCACGGCUCCUCGAGCAGCUCCAGUCGGUUGGUGCUGUCGUUCCAACCGGGGAUUCACGAGAUCCUCGAGGAGCUGAGACGAUAGGCCAGGAUGUGACGCUCAUCGUCCUUUUCUUUUUCCUCCGGCUCGUUCGCUCGCUCGCUCGCUGCCGUCCUCAGCGUUGCUACCGACGAGCGUUUCGUCGCGAGAUAAUCGCGCGAUUUCUUCGCGGACGAAGGAAAACGCGUGGGCAUAGAUAAGGAUGAUCCGGUUCCGGUCACCUAACGUGAAACUCGGCUGUGUCUCGCUGCCUGCCGUUCGGACGAUGAUCGAACCGCGUCGCCUCAAUGUAAGGAGGGUUACUCGCGGUCGAGAGGGUGGGUGGCUGUUUCAUCAUCGAUCUUGGAUAUACCACUGUGAUUUACGCGUCGCGUUUCUACUGUCGCCGUGGCAGAACUGGCUACGAGACGGUUAUAAUCUGGCGAGGAAAGGCAAGAUAUGUUUCUAUGAAUGCAUUUCUUCGUGUAUUGUAAAACAUUCUUCCUUUAAAAAUUGACAAAGUUUAUGUCGUCCACAAAAAAAAUCACAUGAUAAAAGAAACGAAGGGAAGAAAGACUCAUUUAUCAAGAUUUCAGUCAGUUUAUAAUUGGUCUCACGCCUUACGUCUAGCCUGGCGCUACGAAGUCGUUACUUGAUAUUCUCGAAAUCGUACCUAUGGCGCCAUUUAUGGCGCCUUGCGUUACUCUCUGCCCGCUCGUUCCGAGAUUUGACCUCUCUGCCAUUGCAUCCGCCGUGAAAAUACGCUUCUCGGUAGAGGCGAAUUUUUCCGCUACGACAAUACCUUAAUUCUAACAAAGCGUCAGAAAUCCUCUGUAAAUGGAGUAUGAAACACGAGAUAUUGUGUGGCUUAAAUCACGCAUUGUCGUCGACUCGAAGAACUUUUCGUCUUUCAAUGAGUUUCGAAAUGCGCUGGAAAUCGCGAGGAUUUCGACACUCGACACAACGCGACUAUACGAGGCACUCAUUUAUCGCUCGGCUGUGUUUCGUGACUCGUCAUUCGUAUCGUAAAUAAAAUCAUUCAUUUGUAUCGUAAAUAAAAUAUAAUUUUUCAAAGGAUUCUUUAAGUCUGUGUCCAAAUCGACCAAUUGACGGGACGGAUAAAUAGUGAUGCAAGUGUGUACCGUCAGCGAUGUAUGUAUAAUACGCGAGUUUCAUUCAUUCCUUCUUAUCGACGCGACAUCGUCGUAUUUUCCCCAAGACGACGAUAAUCGAUUUCACGCGAUAAGGCGACAGAUCAUGUGUCGAAUUGAUCGCAAACAGAAGUUAACUUCAAACGAAAUUGUCGAUUGGUUUGCGUUAAUACGAGUUUGCGAUUUAUCAUUAAUGCACAGUCGUCGUCAAUCGCCUCUGUUGAGUCGUGACAGUGCACGAGAGCAGUACGAGCGACCCAGAGGUCAUUGUGCCAAGGGAAGUCCGGGGAAACUUCGACAGCUCGAUAAGUCGUGAUGCAGCAUGUCAGAUAUAUCGUCGUAUCGCGACCGCGUCGCCGGUGAUGGCGACGCAGGUAUAGCGUUUUGCCCCCGCGAUAGGACGCAAUCUAAGGGACGAGAGAGCACACGUUCAACCGAAUAUAGUAAAUUUUGUCGUUUGAUCCUGGAGAAAAUCUGUAAAUGCAUUUUUCAACACGUUCGAUUCGCUGCAUACACUUGGCAAAAAAAAGCGCGAUAGCAAAUCGAGCGAGAAUCGCUUGAUCCAUGAAUUCGAUCGAUCAAAUAGAAUAGCUCAUGAAUAUCACGAAGAAUAUUGUAUAAAAUGUAGAAAAAAGUGAUAAUACGGUUUUAUACAGUUUGUAAUUUUUAUAAAUUUUUUUUGUAAUUUUUUUGUAAAUGUUUCUGUACAAUGUGCGUUUAGAUAGUGUUAGUUUUAAUUGAUUAAAACCGAACCGCGUUAAGCAAUUAUUAAUCUCUCAUUUUUUUCAUUGUCACUGAAAUGAAUUGAAAAAUAUUUUUCAUUAUUGAAAUAGACCAAAAGAUUUUUUUUUAUGUUUAUGACGAUUAUUUUAGUAUAAUUAGUACAUCUACAGGAUCUCAUUAGCUCUUUUCGUAUUGUUACAAUAUCUUAAAAAUAGAGAUAAGGGACCCUCCCCCCCCUGCAUCAAGUCAUUCGUUCGCACGAAUCUACUAGUGAUGAAUUAUGAAACGCUCAUUGUGGUUUCAACCAAACUUAAAGUUCUGUCAAUUCUGAAGCGGAAUUUGAUUUGAAGCGGGUACGGUGAACCGGAGAAAACGCCCAAGAAAACAUUGUACCUGGCGACUGCGUUGUACUUCGCUUACGAAGUUCUAGCGUUUAAUCUGGCGCGAUGAACGGCGCGACGCGCAAUUUACGAUGAGAAGAAUCGCGCCCGGUUUGUUAACUUCUCGUGGCGCUCCUCUCGGCUUCUUCUGAGCUAACUGGGUUAAUUUCCCCCUCGUGCAUUCUCGCCUCGGCGCUUAUUAUUCGCGCCGCGUACAUUUAAUCGAGACGAAAACGCUCCGCAUUCAGUAGCAGCCUCCUUUUCUCGCGGUUCUCGCUCGGGAGACGUGACAGUCGCGUUUUUCACGUACCAUCCGUCUUUCACGUUUUUCUUUUCCCCGCAGGCACGUUCGGUUAGACCUUAUGGACCGCGCAUCUGCAACGAGAAAUCCGGUUUAAAGGACGCGCACGACAAAGAACCAUGUCCGAAAAUAAAAGGGAUUUCCCCCGUGCUCGUGCGGGGUGAAUGACUCGAGUGUCCUGCGGCCCCUUUAGUUCCACGCUAUUAUCGGUACCUCAUAGAUCCUGCCAUGAAUGGACGGCUUUUAUAUACGGAAAAUGGAAAAGUAGAUUUUUACAACGACUGUCCUCAAAAAAAAAAAAAGAAAAAGGGGCGAAUGCAAUAGUAUUUAUGCAAUGUAAAUAAUUUUUGUAUAAAAGUCGUCCAGAUAUACUUGUAGCAUCAAUUCACGUACCAAUAGUUAUCAUUAUUGUAAAUUGAUAAUUUUUUUAAUUAGUCACAUUUGUGUAAAAAGCGCUUUUUAUAUUCUGUAACGAUCGUUUUAUCACUACACGCUUUAUCACAUGUUUUAUCUACAUUUUAGAAGCAUGUAUCAAAACGCGAUUUUAUUGUGUGAUUUUUUUUUCGAAAAUCAUGAUGCGAUAUUUUGCGAAUUUAUUUAUUUGUACGAGAAAAUGUGUACGAAAAAGAGAUAAAAGAAAAUUCACUUCGAAUUGGUAUUACCGAUCGAUUUUCUGUUGUGUAAUUUCAUUCAAGUGCAAAUAUAUUAUUGGUCGCAACACAAAAA